CUCAAAAGAUCCAAAGGGAUAUCUCAUUGUUUUUGUCUGGGAAAUGGAGACCAAAUCCCAGAAUGGAAAGUUUCUUUCUUUGCCCCUGCUAGCUGAAUAUGAUCAAGUUGAUAAAGCUGAGAAGGGAAUUGGAUCGGACUCUGUUAUUAUCACUGGAAAAACCUCUUUUCUGAAAACCACUUUUCACGGACUUAAUGCUCUGUCAGGAGUAGGAAUUUUGUCAACUCCAUAUGCGCUAUCUUCAGGAGGUUGGUUAAGCAUGAUACUUCUACUCGUUAUUGCAUGUGUGACCUUCUACACAUCCUUGUUAAUAAAGAGAUGUAUGAAUUUUGAUCCUACUAUAAGAAGUUAUCCUGACAUUGGUGAUCGGGCAUUUGGGAAAGCAGGAAGAAUACUGGUUUCGGUUUUUAUGAAUCUAGAGCUUUACUUGGUCGCGACUGGUUUUUUAAUUCUUGCUGGGGACAACUUGCAUAAUCUAUUACCAGAGGUGAACUUUGGGUUUUGGGGACUUACUUUUGGUGGGAAACAAAGCUUUGUCUUGAUUGUUGCUCUUGUCAUAUUGCCAACCGUAUUGUUAAAGAACAUGAGCAUUCUUGCAUAUGUAUCAGCCUCUGCAGUUUUAGCUUCUCUCGUUAUUAUUGGUUCGAUUUUCUGGACAGCAAUGUAUGAUGGUAUUGGAUUUAAUAAAAAGGGAAUACUUGUGAAUUGGGGAGGAUUCCCUACAUCUUUAAGCUUAUAUGCCUUCUGCUAUUGUGGACAUCCUGUUUUCCCAACUCUGUACACUUCAAUGAAAAAUCAGAAGCAAUUUUCUAAGGUAAUGCUUCUUUGCUUUCUGUUCGCUACCACAACCUAUGCAUCGAUAGCAGCUAUGGGGUACUCAAUGUUUGGCUCGGACGUGGAGACACAAAUUACCUUGAACCUUCCAACUGAAAAGUUUAGCUCAAAAUUAGCCAUAUACACUGCCUUGAUCAGUCCAAUUGCCAAGUAUGCACUAAUGAUGACACCAAUUGUCAACAGACUCGAGGAACAUUUCCAGUCUUACAACGACGAAGGAUCAUCAUCAUUUAGUCCCCUGAUCAGGACCACCUUGGUUAUGAGCAGUGUCAUUAUAGCACUGGCUAUACCCUUCUUUGGAUAUCUCAUGUCACUAGUUGGAGCAUUUCUUAGUGUCACUGCUUCAAUUUUGCUACCAUGCUUGUGCUACUUGAAGAUUUCAGGCACUUACAAGAAGCUUGGAUUUGAGCUGGUCAUAAUAGGCUUGACUGUGCUAAUGGGACUCCUAAUCUUAGUUACUGGUACAUACACAUCUUUGAUAGAGAUAAUACAACAUUUUUAGACUUUUUUUAGGCUGAAUACAUACGGAGACACUUAAAGUUGGCACGAUUUUUCAUUUAGACACCCGAACUUAGGGGUAUUCCUUAUGAGCACGUACAUUACAUGAACUUUAUUUCCCGUCCUUUUUUAUUUUUUUAGUUUCAAAUCUGUAUUUGCUGCUCGUCGCUGCUGUACGCGUCUACUAGGUUCAGGGGGCGCCGGCGGAACUGGGGUGUUCGUUGGUUGCUGCUGUGAGAAAGGGAGUGGGCAAUCGCUGGGUGUUGCUGGUCGUUUUUAAGAAGAGGAGGUUGCUGUUUUGUGUGAAGGGAGUGGGCAAUCGCUGGGUGUUGCUGUUUUGUGUGAAGGGAGGUGUGGCGGCGGUUUCUCGUUUGUGUGGAGGAGAUCGUGGGCGGCAGAUGGAGUUGGUGGUCGUUGUAGGCUGGUGUGGCUGACUGAGACGCUGAUAGUGUGUAGGGUUUUUUGGUUGAAGAUGGAGAUGAGGGAGGGAGCGGCGGCGGCGGAUUUGAUUUCAAUGGAGUGAUGGCGGCGGCUCCGUUAAGGUUGAUGGUGGCGUGGCUGUUGAUGGCUCGUCGAAGAAGAUGGGUCGCCGGUUUUUUGGGGUCUGUUCGGCGGCGCUGGUCUUGGGAUC